AUGGAUCUCUCGCCUCCCCUCCCCCAGCGUGAUGGCAUGGAAGGUUACGGGUGGACUCUGUACGAUACUCGCACCGGAGGAAGCCAAACCAUCCAUGACAGCGUGCUCCAUUUGGAUCUCACCACUGAGUUUUUCAAGUCUGACGAUGGUCUUAGCUGGAGUGCCCGCGUGAAGGGUGUUCCCAGGGCAGAUGCACCAGCAAGCCCCAAGACCGCGCUCAUAUUUCAUGCUGCAUUAGAGAAUGCGGAAACCCUCCCUGCAGAUAAGACCCUCAAAUGUACCAACGACGCAAGCACGGGCGCGGAUGAAAGUGUCAAAUGCACUGGUGCAGUUCCCGAACUCGGCUCAGUCGAUCUCCACCAGAUUGGAGAUGCUCAGAACAAAAUCAUACAAGGACCUGCUGUGAAGAGUGUGUCGAUGGCUGAAGACAAGAUAUGGCAAGCCAAGGCCGUGUUUUCCGAUGUGUUGAAGGCUACCGAGGGAGAUAGCCUGGUGGUUAAUGAACCAGGGGAAGGCAACAUGCAUUUCUCGCAGCUGGUGCUCGAGGGCCCCUUUUCGAUCACAUUUGCAUUUCGAUCCAAUACCGGCACGUUUUUACCCUCCGAUGCUAUCGAUAACCUCGGGAAUCAGUUGAAUACGUCAUUCGCGGCCAUUCUCGAUAAAGUCUUCCCAAGAACAGCUCCGUACGAGGGUGAUGCUUAUGAGGACUUCACACGUUCCCUGAUAUCGAACCUCCUCGGAGGCAUGGGUUUUUUCCAUGGCGAUGAAAAGGUCGACGAAACCCAUGCUCCUGAGUACGAGGAGCUAGAUCUUAAUUUCUGGGAGAAGGCGGCUGAGAAGUGGUUGAACCUGAUGGACGAGGAUGGCUGGAUUGGCCGUGAGCAGAUUCUUGGACUAGAGGCCCGCAGCAAAGUGCCUACGGAAUUCCAAACCCAGUAUCCUCAUUACGCCAAUCCGCCAACUCUUUCCUUAUUACUUACCAACAUCAUCUCUAAAGUAACCAAGAAGACACCAUAUAAUGGUCACUCGUCGAAAUACACGACCUCUUCCCAGGACGCACAGUCAUUGGUGAAAGAGCUGCUUCCUCUCUUUGACCGCCAUUAUAACUGGUUUCGCCGUACUCAGGCGGGGAACUUGACUGCGUACUCACGUCCUGGUGGGGUCAACUCGGAGGCGUACCGCUGGAAAGGUCGCUAUCCUGGUCACACACUUACCAGUGGCCUGGACGACUAUCCUCGGGCCGAACCACCGCAUCCAGGUGAACUUCAUGUCGAUGCGCUUGCAUGGGUCGGCGCCUCGGCCAGGGCGCUGCAACAAGCGGCUGAGUUUCUCGGGGAAGACAGCUCGGUGUACAAGGGUCAACUGGAUGCUGUACUCCAAAAUCUAGACGUAAUACACUGGAACACAGAACAGUCUGCGUACUGUGACAGCACUAUUGGAGGAGACGGCCAGUUCCAGCAUGUCUCUGUCCUGGACCUGAUUUCCGACUCACAAAAGGUCUUGUCGCCUUUCGGUCUACGGAGUCUCAGUGCCGCGGACGAAAAAUACGGGACGGAAGAGGAUUAUUGGCGUGGCGCGGUUUGGAUGCCGCUCAACGUACUUGCCGUUCUUCGCCUCCAUGGUAUGGGGAGCACUACCUCCGAAGGGAAACGAGCAAACGCUCUGGCUGCGAAGCUUAGGAAACGGCUCGUAAACACAGUCUAUGAUAGCUGGAAGUCGACUGGCUUCGUCUGGGAGCAGUAUAAUGACAAGACGGGCGCUGGACAGAGAAGCAGGGCUUUUACGGGAUGGACAGCUUGCAUUAUCCUCUUGAUGGGUCUCGAAGACGCUGCACCCUCCAUGGCUGAUUCGGACGCCCCAGAGGCCUGUCGUCGGUUUGGAGGGCGUUGUCGAUCGUGGUAUUUGGAGAGGACUAGACAGGUGGAGGGCUACGAGGUCAUAGACCUUGACGAUUUGCACGAGUCGGAUACAGAAGAGAGGAGCAGAUGA